AUGGCAAACAUGAUCCCGAGGAUUGCGGCCUACUGUGAGGCGAAGUUCGAUUCAUGGGGACUGAUUAUGCAAUUUGCAGCGGUGGCGUUCAAGACGACGCGACUGAUAAUGAUUCAGAUAUUGCUCACCUCCAAGGGGAUCACGCUCAAUCUAAUUACUUAUUUGUACUGCGUGGCACUGUGCUGCUUAGUUUUCCUGUGGAUUUUUGUUGAGUUCCUAAUUCUGAGGGAGAAUUCGAGUUUCCAUUUCGAUUGUGUGAUUUUCGGGAGCAAUUCGUUGUAUAAGUUUGCCCUAAAUCUCAAUAUGUUCUUGCUUGUUGGAAAGACUUUUGCUUUGACGAUGAAUGUGGCUAGUGUGGUGAAGGAUUGGUUCCUGCAAGAGGAGCUGAUAGGGGUGAAAUGUGUGUAG